AUGGAAGUUUUGGGUAAACUUACCAAACUUGAAUACUUGAAUCUGUCAUCAGAAUCUUCUGAUAUCGAAAGACUACCUGAAGCUUUGUGUAGCUUCAACUAUCUUAAAUAUUUAAACUUAUCAGGUUUCAAGAAAUUAGAAAAACUACCAACGUCAUUUGGAAAUCUCAAUAGUUUGAUGCAUUUUGAUUUAUCACAUUGUCUUCAGGUUAAGGGUAUACCAGAAGCCUUGGGUGGACUUACCAACCUCCAAGUUCUAAAUUUAUCACAUUGCUACAACAUUUUCGAAAAUGACGUGUAUAUUAGAAGGAAGGUAGAAGCCAUUGGUAAUCUCAAGAAACUCCAGUAUUUGAACUUAUCGGACUUGCUUAAUAAAAAGUGUCAUGACAAAUCAACAUAUGUCAGUUUCUUCGAGUGUAUUAAUACCCUUUCGAACCUUGAGCACCUUGAUUUGUCUCACAACGAAUAUCUUAGGAGUUUACCUGACUGUUUUGGUAGCCUCAAAAGGCUACAUACACUAGAUGUCUCAGGCUGCAGCUUUCUGGACAAGAUACCACCAAGCAUCCAUAACAUUGAUAACCUGAAGUUUCUGCAUGCAGAUACUCGCAUUUAUUUGGGGAAGUCCAUGUUUUGUCUAUUGAACGAAAGUUCAGUCUCAUUGCCGCACUUUGUGGUCCAAGCAAAUGCCAAUGGCUCUGGCAGCAACCUUGUUCUGCUUCAGGAUGUAAAUCCACCUAAGUUGGAGAUAAGCAGUCUUGAAAAUGUGAGGUCCAUCAAUGAGGUCCAGAUAAUAAAACUUUUGGAAAAGCAAAGAAUAGAAGAGUUGAAACUUGAGUGGGCCAAAGAUGCUGUGAGGUUUGUGGAGGAUAUUGAAUUGCUAGGAGAGAUUAUUCCACCAACAAAUUUAAUGGAGUUUGAGAUACAUGGUUAUAACUGCACCAAGUUUCCAGCAUGGCUAAUGGGCAUUGCUCCUUAUCUCCCUAAUCUUGUUCGUCUUACCAUGAUGGAUAUGCCCUGCUGCAUCAGCCUACCACCACUUGGUCAAUUACCUAAUUUGAAAGAGUUAACUCUUGAAAAAAUGAAGAGCGUCACAAAAAUUGAUGGGGACUUCUGCGGUGGCCGAAGGCCCUUUCCUCGACUGAAGAAAUUUGUCAUGCGUGAUAUGGAAAGCCUGCAAGUGUGGAACACAAUAUACUGCAGUGGUGUGGAUGGUGUGAGCGAGUUUAUGUUCCCUAUACUUCCUGAGUUGAGCAUAUUUCGGUGCACCAAGCUGAGACUUACACCAUGCCCACUAAGAGCCGAGAAAUGGAACAUUUGGGGAAGUGAUGGUGUCAUAUCCUCAUGGGAAGAAAGUGCGGCAGAUAUCAUCGCAUCCUGCUCCUCUCCUCUAGUGACUACUUUGAGUAUCAACUGCAAGGUUUCUCUUCAUGAGUGGAGGUUGCUUCACCACCUCCCGGACCUCAAAGGCUUAAUUAUCAAUGAUUGCAAUGAUUGGACUAUCUCAGCAGAGAUCAUCAGAGCCCUCUCCUCUCUAGAAUCAUUGACUCUGGAGCGAUGGUAUAACCAGGCCCAGCUGCCAAAUUGGUUGGGUCAGCUCGUGUCUCUUAAGGAAUUGAAAAUAAACAGGUUCGAGAUGAACGAAUCACAGGAGGACAUCAAACAUCUCAUGUCGCUACAGAAACUAUGUCUGCAUAGAUGUACAAGCAUGACAAAGCUACCAAAAUGGGUGGGAGACCUCGUCUCUCUCCAAAAAUUGGAGAUCUUGUCCUGCCCAGACCUGAAGUAUUUGCCAGAGAGCAUGGGGUGCCUCACCUCUCUCAAGAAACUUAAUAUCAGCUUUUGCGAUGACAUUGAGUCCUUGCCUGAGGGUAUAGAAAAACUCUGUAAGCUUGAAUAUAUAUCAAUGUCAGGCUGCCCUAAAUUGGUUCCAAUUAGAUGA